AUGAAGCCCUCACCCAAUCGUCGGAAGCCAUGGAGACAGUUUGGAUGUCUUUUCCUGGGCUUCCUGGCACUUUCCUCGAGCACUUGCGUUGUGCGCAGUCCUCCGGCAUGGUGGAGGGCCGGGUAUCCGAGGAAGCGGUUGGGAAGCGUCGCAGAGGCCGAGCUCCUGUCGCACCUGGCGGUGCUUCUGCUGCCGGAGGAGCCCAUUGCAGAGCUUUUCCGCGACUUUCCUGUCAAGCAGCCAGGGAGCUGGGGCAAGAGUCACUUGAGCCCAGACCUGACAGUCUAUGGUGCCCUGAAGAAGAAGGACGCGGCUUUGUUUUUGGAGUAUGACGGCUACUACAGACACCAUGCGCCAGAAGGCAUCGCCACCGACAUCCGUAAGAGUGAGGCAUUGUUGCGGCAAGCACCGAAAGGAUCUCAAGUGUUGCGCAUAUCCCAUGCCUAUCGAGGAUGGGAGCUUGCAUGUGAGACCAGUGAAAUUAUUGUGGAUCCGUGGCAGCCGGGACGUCCCAAGUCACUUGCAAAGGCGAUUCGUCAGAUCAUCCAGUUCGUGAGGAAGAAAUGGGGCAGGAUGUUGCAGACUAGUGUGAGAGUGAGAUUGCAAGGUUUCUUGGAUAGUCCAGCAGACGGCUCCUGCAUGCCAGCGGUUGAGUUUACACGGCAGGCGGCUGCGACAGGUGAUUGCGACCCAUCGCAACUGCAUGAAUUUCUACGGGAGCAGCUCAACAUGACAGUGUCGCAGUCCGAAAACCUGACAGGAAAGCAUCCUGCCAUGAAGCGUUAUGGUGUUGAAAGCAACUGCCGACCCAUCGUCCAGCAGCUUCGAGAGAUGGGCUUGCAACAAGCUGAUAUUGCCACUGCGAUCGGUCGACAUCCGUCGGUCCUAGGAUGCAGCAUCGAGGGGAAUCUGAAGCCGACGGUCCAGUGGCUUCGAGAUCUGGGCCUGAAGAAAGCUGAGAUAGCCAAAGUGAUCGGUCGAUUUCCGCAGGUUCUAGGUUGCAGCAUCGAGCAGAAUCUGAAGCCGACGGUCCAGUGGUUUCGAGAUCUGGGCCUGAAGAAAGCUGAGAUUGCCAAAGUGAUCGGUCGAUGUCCACAGGUCCUAGGUUGCAGCAUUGAGAAGAAUUUGAUGCCGACGGUCCAGUGGCUUCUAGAGCUGGGCCUGAAGAAAGCUGAGAUUGCCAAAGUGAUCGGUCGAUUUCCACAGGUUCUAGGUUACAGCACUGAGCAGAAUCUGAAGCCGACGGUCCAGUGGCUUCGAGACCUGGGCCUGAAGAAAGCUGAGAUUGCCAAAGUGAUCGGUCGAUUUCCACAGGUUCUAGGUUACAGCAUCGAGCAGAAUCUGAAGCCGACGGUCCAGUGGCUUCGAGAUCUGGGCCUGAAGAAAGCUGGGAUUGCCAAAGUGAUCGGUCGACUUCCACAGGUCCUAGGUUACAGCAUCGAGCAGAAUCUGAAGCCGACGGUCCAGUGGUUUCGAGAUCUGGGCCUGAAGAAAGCUGAGAUUGCCAAAGUGAUCGGUCGAUUUCCACAGGUCCUAAGUUGCAGCAUCGAGGAGAAUCUGAAGCCGACGGCUCGGUGGCUUCAGGACUUGGGCAUGAAUCAAACUGAGGUUGCCAGAACGGUCGUGAACAACCCUGGUAUGCUUUCUUUGCGCGUCGAGUCCAACUUGGCAAGGAAGAUCGUCCUCUUGCAGCAGUUUGUCAGUCUGGAGAGCCUUCCAGGCCUUCUGGCGCAAUAUCCCGUAAUAUUGAAUUACGGCUACGAGCGCUGGGCUUAUCGUUCGAAGGUUUUGCAUCAAUGCUGUAAGCCCUUCUCUUUUGCCUGCGCCCUGCAGCUGACUGAUGCCGCCUUCUUUAGACGAUAUGGUAAGCACGUCGAUGAACCAGUUGGCUUCCA